UUGCGCCGGACGAAUGUUAGAAAAUAGGCCUACCUUUAUAAAAGUAGAGCCCAGGAAGUGGCUGUAUACUUCGCACGCAGAUUAAAAAUAAAUCAAAUGGAUAUUUUCAGUGGAAUACAUAUACUGUGACAAUAUGUAAAGCUGUAGGGAUCGCCGGUUACCUCUCCAGCGAGCACGGGCGCGCUGUCAAUGUGGCCCCUAGUGGCCCCUUUAUCCAAAAGUGGGCGGAUGGUGGUGUGAUGGUGCCGUCCUCUGCCCAAUGGCAGCCCGGAGUCUCCGGAGAGUAGAGAGCCACUUCUGUUUCCAUCCCCAAAUCCCCCAAAACCCCAUCAGCCCGCUCCGACUGAACGAGCCGCGCGAUGACACAGCGCGUCUCCUUCGCACACGCACGCGUCUGGGAGUUACGCGCAGCCUGAAAGAAGCUCCGUUCGCGAACAUCAUCACGGACGCGCAACUGGAACUAAACGCGUCUCAUUCUCUCAGUCCGUCGGAAAAGCGUCCGUAUGUCACCAUGAUCCUCUUCUCCUCGCGCAGUGUGCUGCUGUCUGUCUAUUACCCGCAGAUCUUCCUCAUCCUCACCAGCGGGAGCUACCUGGCUCUUUCCUCUGUGGUGGCCCUUGGUGCGAACAUCAUCUGCAAUAAGAUCCCCGGUCUCGCACCCCGCCAGCGCGCCAUCUGCCAGAGCCGGCCGGACGCCAUCAUCGUGAUCGGAGAGGGGGCACAGCUGGGCAUCAACGAAUGCCAGUACCAGUUCAGAUACGGCCGCUGGAACUGCUCAGCGCUGGGUGAACGCACCGUCUUCGGACAGGAGCUGCGAGUAGGCAGCAGGGAGGCGGCAUUCACCUACGCCAUCACCGCCGCUGGGGUCGCCCACGCCGUGACGGCCGCAUGCAGCCAGGGCAACAUGAGCCAAUGCGGCUGUGACAGGGAGAAACAGGGCUACUACAACCAGGAGGAGGGCUGGAAGUGGGGUGGAUGCUCGGCGGACAUUAAAUACGGCAUAGAGUUCUCCCGGAAGUUUGUGGACGCCCGGGAGAUUAAAAAAAAUGCCCGAAGGCUGAUGAACCUUCAUAACAACGAAGCUGGCCGAAAGGUUCUGGAAGAGCGGAUGAAGCUGGAAUGCAAGUGUCACGGCGUGUCGGGCUCCUGCACCACCAAAACCUGCUGGACCACGUUACCCAAGUUCCGCGAGAUCGGCUACGUCCUGAAGGACAAAUACAACAAAGCGGUGCACGUGGAGGUGGUCCGCGCCUCGCGCCUGCGGCAGCCCACCUUCCUCAAGGUGAAGAAGACACCCGGUUACCAAAAGCCCUUAGAAACAGACUUGGUCUACAUCGAGCGCUCGCCCAACUACUGCGAAGAGGACGCCAAAACGGGCAGCGUGGGGACGCAGGGGCGGCUGUGCAACCGGACAUCGCCGCACACGGACGGCUGUGACCUCAUGUGCUGUGGGCGGGGCUACAACACGCAUCAGUACACCAAAGUGUGGCAAUGCAACUGUAAAUUCCAAUGGUGCUGUUUUGUGAAAUGCAACACCUGUAGCGAGAGGACGGAGGUGUUCACCUGCAAAUGAAUCGCUUCGUCGUUUUGCACAGCAGAAUGUAUAUUCGCUUUAACACAGAGUUAAAAUACUAAACUCUAUCGGUAGGUACGAGCCCGGAGGUACGUGCACUGACUCGCGCUAAAGGACUGCAGGAUGCUAGCCGAGCAUGCUGGGAUUUGUAGUUUGGGACUCGGCAUCAUCUCAAAACGCCACGGAGGAACUCGUCGAAGGAGCUCAAUGCAAAUCGAGGAUGUAUAAACACCAACUGGAAUCUGGUAGAGUAUGUUAGCUAUCCAGUCACACUGGAUCUGUCUGUUUGAACACUGAAAAUAAAUUAUUCUAUAUUAUAUGUCAUAGUCUCCUAAGGAACCGAAGCGCUAACGGGUAGAAAUGUGUUUAUUUUGUACUAAGUGUAAACCAAGAGAAAGACUUUGUAGAAGCUUGUGACUGAAAAUGUCUUGUAGAGGGAAGAAAAAAGGCCCGUGAACGUUUGAUGGCUAAAGAUAUGUUGACUUCCAAAACCACUGUCAUUUUUUUUGUUUUUUGGUCAGCUGACGCAUGUUAACACCGAUUCAUCUUUGCUGUAAUCUAGCCGUAGUUCUCAGUAAGGUAUGCGAUAGACGUUCGGGCCACUUUUCUUUUUCCGACUUCACUAAACCAGUCUCUAUGAUUCAAAGAUCCUUCCUCAGUUCAUGAAAUGUGGAACGAAUAUAUUUCUGGAUAUGUUACAGAGUGCUGCACUGAUAUUUUUUCUAUUCAGAUACGAUGCAAUUAAAAGUAAAAUAAAUAUCAA